AAAAACGUGCAUAGUUCAUGGGGCAAAAACGGAUGGGAAUUAGUACUCACCAAUAUCCAUCCUUUGCUUUUCCUUAUAAAAUCCUGCCAAACUUGUUUGUUCUGAGUACUCCAGCUCAAAGCAUGAAGCAACUCGUAGCUUUUGGCUUCUGGUCAUGGCUUUUCUGUGUAGCAAUCACCAAGAGCUUUGGGCAAAACCCUCCAUAUAAAGCAGUGAAUUUGGGGGGAUGGCUUGUGGUUGAAGGCUGGAUGAAACCAUCUCUCUUUGAUGCCAUUCCCAACAAAGAUCUUCUGGAUGGAACUCAAGUCCAGCUCAAGUCUACGAGCCUCAACAUGUAUCUAUCUGCAGAAAAUGGUGGUGGAUCGGAUUUGGUGGCCAAUCGUCCCACUGCCAGCGGCUGGGAAACUUUUAGGUUAUGGAGAAUAAAUGAGAGCACAUUCAACUUUAGGGUUUACAACAAAGACUUCAUUGGAGUGGGCAGUUCCGACCAAGGCAAAAGGGCAUUUGCCCGUACAACUGAAGCAGGGGAAGAUGAGACAUUUGUCAUUGUGAGGAACAAUGAGAACCCCCUCAGAGUGCGUAUUCGUUGCUCUAAUGGCCUCUAUUUACAGGCAGUGAGUGGGGAUUCAGUGAGGGGAGAUUAUGGUGGAAGCGCAGAUGAUUGGAGCGAUCAGAAUCCGUCAGUGUUCCAAAUGAGCAUAGUGGGAACCUUACAGGGCGAGUAUCAGUUGACAAAUGGUUAUGGCCCUGAUAAAGCUCCAUCAGCCGUCAAGAAUCAUUGGGACACAUACAUAAUAGCAGAUGACUUCAGAUUCAUGUCUGAGAAUGGGCUGACGGCUGUUAGAAUUCCGGUUGGGUGGUGGAUUAUGCACAACCCUGAUCCACCUAAACCAUUUGUUGGGGGCUCUUUGCAGGCACUAGACAAUGCCUUCACGUGGGCAGAGGAGUACAAGAUGAAGGUGAUAGUUGAUCUUCAUGCACCUCCAGCAUCACAAAAUGGUUUUGAACACAGUGGAAGCAGAGAUGGAUUUCAGGAAUGGGGAGCAUCCCACAUAACACAAACUGUUGCAGUCAUAGAAUUCCUUGCUCAAAGGUAUGCUAAUAGGCCAAGCCUAGGCGGCAUCCAACUCAUGAACGAGCCUUUCGCACCAGCGGUCACGUUCGAUGACUUGAGCAACUACUACAGAGCAGGUUACGAUGCAGUAAGGAAGUACAGUUCCAGUGCUUAUGUGAUACUAUCGAGCAGACUGGGGGCCGGCGACGAUAGAGAGUUCCUUCCCCUUGCGCACGCCCUCUCUCAUUCUGUCGUCAUCGACGUGCACUACUACAAUAUGUUCUCCGAUUACUUCUCGACUUUUAGUCCGAAGGAUAACAUCGACUUCAUUUAUGACAAGCGGGCGAAGGCGUUGCAGCAAGUGACUCCGGCAGACGGUCCUCUGAGUUUAGUUGUCAUUUUGUUCGUCGGGGAUCACUCUACCUGCGAGAAGGAGAAUGGACGGGUGAGUGGGCAGCUCAAAACGCAACGAAGGAAGACUAUCAAAGGUUUGGGCAGGCUCAGAUGGAGGUUUACGGGAAGGCCACGUUUGGAUGGGCUUACUGGUCUUACAAAUGCCAGAAGGAUCACUGGAGUCUCAAGUGGAUGAUUGAGAACAACUACAUUAAAUUGCAAUGAAUGAGGCUAUUAUGCAUCAGCUUUGUCCAAACAGUGAAUCCUAUUAAUUAUGAAAUGCUUUCAUUAUAAGAUCAAAUUUCACUAUUAGUCCUUCA